UGCACCGCAUGUCCGCUAUACCCUAAUGGUCAUGCAGUGGGGCCAGUUUAUUGACCAUGAUAUUAUUUUCACCCCCAUCAACAAAGGUUUCCAAGACUCGAUUCUGGAUUGCCGCAGAUGUGACUCUCCCCAGACAGUCCACCCUGAGUGUUUCCCCAUAGCCAUUCCUCAGAACGAUCCAUUUUUCCCUCCUGUCAAUAUAUCAUCUGGCCAGCCAUUCUGCAUCCCCCUGACCCGCUCCAUGCCAGGCCAGCUGACUCUAGGCUACCGGGAGCAAAUGAACCAAGUGACUGCCUUCAUCGACGCCUCUCACACCUAUGGCUCGGACAAGUGUGAGCAGCAGCAACUGAGGACCAAGUCAGACGGCAUGCUACGAGGCACACCCAACCCCCUGCGAGGCAAAGACCUGCUGCCCACUGAGAAUGAGAACCACGAGUGUCAGGCUCCCUCUGGCCGGUGCUUCACUGGAGGUUAGUGUUUGGCUGAGGUUAGCUUAGGUAAGGUUAGGUAAGGUUACUGUUUGCAUUGCUUACUAGAUGAUGUCACUGUCUACAUAUGACUGAGAGAGAA